UUUGCCAUUUUUGUGAAUGUUUGUUGGUUUUCUAGAAAAGCUAAGGAUUAGAAGGAAGCAUAAAUAACCAUCUCACCCAUAAACACACAAGUAAUCAUGGAUUCUUCUAAAGAUGUGCAACUAGGUAGGGGUAACCAAGACAAUUGGGAAGAAGGGGUGAUAUCAAUCUCACCUAUUAUUAUGGUUGUGUUGCCAAAGCAACAAGAUAGGCCUAAUGUUGAUGCACCUCUUGAAUUUAAUAGUAGCCCAAGUUUUUCAUCAAAAGAAACAAAAACCAUCAGUGAAGGUGGAGGUGGAAAAGGGGAAAUUGAAACCCUUGGAACAAAUGAAGAAGAAGAAAACGGAGGCCCCCAGUGUAGGAAGCUGGGAAGAUGUGCCCCCUCAUGCCAACUUGGUGGUUGGAUUCCAAUGUAUCUGGAGGAUUUUAAGGCUAGCCUAAGACUUCCUUUGCUAGGGAUGGUUUUUGAUGUGUUGAAGAAAUGGCUGGAGGUUUGGACAAAUAGCAUGAACAAGCUCAACGUUAACAAAGUAGGGACUGGGGUUCCAUUACACAAUGAACGAUUUUGGGACAAUCUAAGAGAUCAUCUCAUUUUGACAAGCCACCAACAACAAUGUUCACAACUUGUGGAUCUAGUUCCUGGUACGAGAGAAUGGAGGGGUUAUAGAGGAACCAGCCUCUUCUUGACAACAGGGGAGAGACUUCUUGCAACAGUAUGGGAACAACGCUGUCAUGAUGAAGAUGAUGGAUCUAGCUUGUGGGAGAAGGAAAGUUGUCUACAGGGCUCCAAGAUGGCAAACCAAGUUGCUACUAUUGAAAGUAAAGUAGAUGAGCUCACCAACCAAAUGUCCAAGCUCAAGGAAGAGUUGGAGAAGGCAUUAGAUAAAAAGGAGAGCGAGUUGGAUGCCUUUUUGGAGGCUGCCGUUAUUGCCAUUAUGAACAGCACCAUCAACAUCUAUAAUGAGACUACAAUUAAUGUGAAAUGGAGCAUAAAUGAAGAGAAUGCACCUUUAUUCCCUCCAACUCUACUCGAUGAAGGUGAGGAGUGUUAUCCUUCCAUAGGCUAUACCAAUUGGGUAGUUAGAAUGCCUAACUUGGGAGCUAGAACUUCUUCCUUUCCUUUAUCAUCUCACCCUCCAACUCUAAUAGAUGUCCCCACAGCGCUCGUGCUUCCAGUUGACUUGAAGGACAACCAAGUGAUGGAUAAGGUUCGCGCGAACCCAGGCGCGGGGUUCAUUGCGGAACCCAGGAGCUGGGUUCGCUUGGGUUCGUCUCGGAACCCAGGGGAGGGGUUUGUGAUGAACCCGCGCCUGGUUCAAGAUGAACCAAGCUCCUGGCUAUUGGGUUCCGCGACGAACCCUGCGCCUGGGUUUGUCUCGGAACCCAGGGGAGGGGUUUGCGACGAACCCGUGCCUGGUUCGAGACGAACCAAGCUCUUGGGUUCAUCUCAGAGCCCAAUCGUUGGGUUCGUCGUGAACCCAAGCGCUGGGUUCGUCUCGAAACCCAAGUGCGGGGUUCGUCGCGAACCCAGCUUCUGGGUUCGUCUCCGAACAGAAGCUAAAGGGAUUUUUGGUUUAGGGGGAAAGAAAAUGAGGAAGAAUACGGUAAGUAUUUUCGGUUUAUUUCUUUAAUUGGAUGAGGAAUAAGAUACUUAAGUAUUUUUGGUUUGUUUCUGUGAUUGGAUGAGUAUUUUCGAUUUGUUUCUGUGAUUGGAUGAGGAAGAAGAAACAAAUGUGCUUGGGGCUGGUUGGUUUGAUGUUAUAAAUUGGUUGUUUAUAU